AUGGCGUCGGCGUGUUUUCAGGAGGAAAAGUCCUUUACUUGUCCGGUGUGUCUGGACCUGUUGAGAGAUCCAGUGGCGAUACCCUGUGGACAUAAUUUCUGUAUGAGGUGUAUUAAUGGCUGCUGGGAUCAAGAGGAUUUGAAAGGAAAAUAUAGCUGCCCUGUGUGCAAGCACAAUUUCUGUCCUAGACCAAUGCUGCACAGAAACCCACUGAUUACUGAAAUGGUGGACAAGUUCAAAAGCACCCGUCUCCAAGCUUCUGAUCACUGUUAUGCUGGACCUGAGCACGUGGAUUGUGAUGUUUGCCCAAGGAGGAAACUCAAAGCUGUCAAGUCCUGUCUGGAUUGCCUCAAGUCAUACUGUGAAAUGCAUUUAAAGUCUCACAAUGAACAUGUUAAAAGACCUCACACCAUGAUUGAUCCCACAGCCCAGCUACAAGAGAGGAUUUGCCCUCGUCAUAACAAGGUUUUGGACAUAUUCUGUCGCACCGACCAAAGUUGCAUCUGCUAUUUUUGCGUGAUGGAAGAUCAUAAAGGCCAUGAUACAGUCAUAGCUGCAGCAGAGUGGAGCCUUAAAAAGGAGGGGUUGGCGCAGAAACAACACAGAUGCCAUCAGAUAAUCCAGUUGAAGGAGAAGGAGCUACUGGACCUGAGGAAGGCUGUGGAGACUCUCAAGACGGCAGAAGAGGACAGUGACAAGUUGCUUGCUGAGAUAGAGCAGGAGAUUGCUGAGCUGAAGAGGACAGAUGCUGAGAUGAAACAGCUUGCAAUGACUCAGGAUCCCAUCUAUUUCCUUAAGAACAUUGUGUCCAUUCCAGAUGACACAUACAACACUGUGUGGACCAGCAAAACCUUCAGAUUCUUUCAACCUAUGCAGAAAUCUGUCUCUGCACUGAACAGACAGCUGGAGGAGAAAUUAGAUUUGAUUGUCAAGCAGGAAGAAGAUCAUGAUCCCCCAGUCAAAAAAGCAGAUAGUAAGGACUGGCUGCCACCAAAGAUGUCUGAUGGCGAGGGUCAUAUUGCCGAACCAGUGACCAGAGACUUGUUGCACAGUUCCAGAUAUGAAAGGAAACACACUGUUCUGGACAGAAACAGGUUCACUCCUCUGCCAGGUACCCCACCAGUGUAUCUACUGAAUAUGAAACCAUCAGCAGGUCAUUUGAACAGGAAGGAAUUUGGAGAAGCAUCAUGCAGUAAUCGAUCAAACAAAACCAUCAUGCUUGUUGGUGCCACUGGAUCUGGCAAAACAACCCUCAUCAAUGGCAUGAUCAACUACAUACUGGGAGUUGACUGGGAGGACAACUGGAGAUUUAAACUGAUAGAUGAAGAGACCAUCAAAUCACAAGCACACAGUCAGACCUCAGACGUGACAGCCUAUCAGAUUCACCCUACUGAUGAAUUCCAAGUUCCAUAUUCACUCACAAUCAUUGACACACCAGGCUUUGGGGACACCAGAGGAAUCGAACAAGACAUGGAGAUCACAGAAAAAAUCAGAAAGUUCUUCACAAAUAAAAAUGGCAUUGAUUCAAUUGAUGCAGUGUGUUUUGUAGUGCAGUCUGCGUUAUCUCGUCUGACGCACACACAGAGGUACAUCUUUGAGGCCAUUCUCUCCGUGUUUGGGAAGGACAUUGCAAACAACAUCAUCACUCUGAUCACCUUUGCUGAUGGCAAAAGUCCUCCAGUGCUGGAAGCCAUCAAAGAGGCCAACAUUCCAUAUGCCACAAACAGAGAUGGGAUACCUGUCCAUUUCAAGUUUAAUAACUCUGUUUUUUUUGCCAACAACACAUGGGGCAGUGAUGAUGGUGGGGAGUUUGAACAAAUGUUCUGGAAAAUGGGGAUGGCCAGCAUGAAGACAUUUUUCACUCAGCUAGGCAAAAUGGAAACCCAGAGUCUGACCCUGACCAAGCAAGUUCUCCAGGAGCGCAAACAGCUGGAGGAUAUUGUUGAGGGAGUGCAGCCACUCAUCAGAAAGGGGUUGUCAACCAUGGAGGAAAUAAGGACCACCCAAGCUAUUCUGGAUAGACACAAGACCCACAUUGAAGCAAACAAGGACUUUGAGUAUGAGGUAGAGGUGGAGAAAUCUGAGAAGAUCGGUAUUCCACGUGGACAUUUCAUCACCAACUGCUUUGUAUGUAACUACACCUGCCACUACCCCUGCAGUAGAUCAGAUGAUGCUGACAAACACAAGUGUGCUGCAAUGAGAAAUGGAAACUGCACAGUGUGUCCUGGAAGAUGUGUAUGGAGUGUUCAUUUCAGCAUGUCCUACAGAUGGGAGAUUAAACGUGUGAAAGUGAAGAGGACAUAUCAGGAGCUGAAGAGUAAAUACGAGAAAGCAAUGGGAGAGAAGAUGGAUACAGAGACUAUUGUGGCAAAGAUGGAAGAGGAAUAUCACCAAGUGCAGGGAAAGGUUUUAGAAAUGAUGACCGAUGUAACAUUAUCUCUCACACGUCUGAAAGAGAUUGCACUUCGGCCAGAUCCUUUGUCUACUCCAGAUUAUAUUGACAUGCUGAUAGAGACAGAGAAAACGGAGGCCAAGACUGGAUGUCAGCAACGCAUUAGAGAGUUACAGGAAGUCAGAGAUAAUGCAGUUCUAAUGCAGAAGACCGCCAACGCUGUGUCUCUCAAGCUCCCUGAGUUCUGGGAAUCAUCUCCUUCAGCCUGGUUCGCUCAAACUGAGGCACAGUUUGCCUUGCGUCAGAUAACCGCCGACGAAACGCAAUACUACUACGGACUCAUGGACUCAGUGUUACGGGAUCUGCCUUUCCUGUUUGUGUACCUGGACGACAAGUAG